GGUUCGGAGUGCAAGUUUCAUCAUUACAACCCCCGUACCACCCUGUUGGGCCCUCCAUUUCGAAAGCCAUCACGUUGUUUGCGCUGCGACGUCUGUAUAACUAAUUCGGGGCAGCUCUUCACGGCCUGCCGUGAAUCGUACGUCAUCGGUUGAAGAGAGCAAUUAAACCGAUUGCCAAGCUAUGCGCCAACUUUGCCAACUUCUUCCACAAACUGUCCCGCCGUUAACUGGGCCCAUUCCGUUUAAUGAAAAAUUUGGCUUCUGCGGUGAUGGCGACUGUCCCGAUUGGGUGCUGGCCGAAAUCCAUUCCAAUCUGGCCCAACUCACCACCGGCCAGCUGAACGAUCUCGGAGAACAUACGGCCAAAUCGAUUCUAGGCGAAGAAAUACCGGAGGCUGAAAUUAGCAAAAUCUAUUCCAUCACUAAAGGUUCCAUGGACGGGCCGAAGGGAGGUAUCGCCUGUUUACGGUUUCUGCUUACCAGUGCCUCUCGGUACAACACGGAGAGUGCAGAAUUCAGCACGGAACUGCAGCAGCUCGGAUUGCCGAAGGAGCAUACCGCCAUCCUCUGUCGGUUGCUGGACGACUACGUGCAAAAGAUACGGGCCGUACUGCGGGAGAAAAGCUUAAGCAUCAAUCAGCUGGACACCUUCAGCUGCAGCAUUCCGAAGAAUACGAUCGACUGCAUACAGCUCAAGAUCGGGAUACAGAACGAGAUAGUGGACGGUUUGCCGAGAAAAACGGCCCACACCGUGAAUCUCAACCGUAACGAUGCGUUGCUGCUGCUCAGCGAGCUGAAAGCUGUGCGCGAUACGAUGGAGAGCUAUAAUUUUGAUAAGAAAUAUUCGGAAGAAAAAUAAAAUGUACACUGACAAAGGAAA